AUGGCAAGCCUGAAUCUACGUACUUCAGCGCAAGCCGCGAUUGUGCGCAUUGGAAAACUGACAGAAGCAGCUACUUACGAUCCGGACAGCAUUGAGUGCGAUGUGAUUCGCGGACAGUUGGAUAAACAUUUCGAGAGGUUCAUGGAGUAUCAUACUGACUUGGUUUCCUCAGCACAAGCCAGUGAAUUGACCACGCAUGACGAAUUCCUGGCUGCAACGGAAUUGCUGUACACACAAAUAUGUAUUCGACUACGCCGGAUAUGUGGCGCAAGUGCAGGUGAUAAUCGUGUAACGAAUCAAUUGGACAUGCGAUUAGAUCCAAUUAAGAUUCCUGUGUUCAAUGGUGAUCCAGCGAAUUGGCUGCCUUUUAAGCAUUUGUUUGAGGCACUGGUUCAUAAUCGUACAGAUCUGGAUUCUAGUUACAAAUUGAGUAAGUUACGCCAACAUGUAAAUGCAGACAGCGUACCAUUGGUUGGCGGAUUAUAUACAGGCGGCUACGAAGACAUGUGGCAGGAAUUGAAACGGCGUUUUGAUAAUCCACGUUUGUUGGUUGAAUCUCACGUGCAGCGUAUCCUGGAUUUGCCCAACCAACCCGUCGAAUCCCAGAAGUGCUUGCUCCGACUAGUCGACACCGUGCAAAAUGUGAUGCGAGCCCUAAGUGUUAUGGGCUUUCCGGUAAGUCAUUGGGACGCUCUAUUGGUACCACUUCUGCUGCCCAAAUUGCCUACCACCACUAGGUAUGAGUGGGGGAUAAGUCUUCAGACGAACAACAUACCAAUGGCUCAGGACUUUUUACUAUUUAUUGAGAAGCGGGCCAACAAUUUGGUUCAAGGAACUACGAACGGUAUAACAACUAUCCAUCAGAGACCAGCCCGUCCCGUUAAAGCUCAUGUGGCAGCGGUAAAUUCAUCUGAGCCGUUACAUUCCGGGAAAGUUGCAACGGUUGUUUGCUAA